AUGCACUGGUCGCUACCUUUUCUCUUCGCAUCCUGCGUCCUCUUGCCUACCGUCAGUGCGAUACCUGUUCCAACCCAAGUGGACUUGGGCGGUGACCCUAACGGUAUCGCUUACACCGACUCGAAUCCGAAUAAAGAACUCUGGCACGCUGGCUCAAAAAUCGUUCCUCAACCUCAACGCGGCAGUCUGGGUGCCUUGAUCUUAGGGCCUCAAAAUGUUCCCCUGGAAUUGCAAAAUGCGGAUCUGUUAGCACCCCCAACGACCGACCACGGCUCAGUGCCGAACUUCAAGUGGCCCUUUUCGCUCAGCCAUAGCAAGCUGAAGCAAGGCGGCUGGUCAAGAGAACAGAAUGGUCAGCGCCUCCUAUGCUAUGAUGUCCUCCUUCACGGCUGA